GAUAAGAUGAAAUACUUAACCAUCUUAAUCUCAUUUCUAAGUACUUAACACUUCAAAAUAUUAUAAAUGGAAAUAGAAUUUGUCAUUUUUAUUAAUAUAAGUAAAUCAUUUUCCUGAAACGACUACGGGUGUGUUUGUUAUGGAGCAAAAUGAAAGACAUUCUCAAGCUAUUUACAGAUGACAGAAUUGUUUACUAUGGCAUUAUUGCUAUUUACUGUAUAUUCUUGUUCAAUUUGAUUGUUUGGGGGUAUUUCAGUUUUAUUAUAAUUCUUAUCACUUUUGGUGGUGGAUGUAUUUCAUUUGGGUAUAUUUUCAGGAAUCAAGUUAAAGAUUAUUAUAGUCCCUCAAAGAAAUUAGCAAAAAAAAUUUGUUUCAAAUGCAAUAAAAAUAGUUGUACUGCAUCAAUAAAAUGUGUUAAUUUACAAUGUCCGUGGACAGGUUUAAUGAUAUCAGAACAAAUAGAUUCAUCUCUAGAUAAACUAUUUUCCAAAAUAACCAAUGCUUAUGUGACUAGUUGGUAUAAAAACCUUUCUAAUGACCAACAUUUUGUUAAAGAAAUUAAAUUAAUUAUUAAAUUUGCUUCAAGUGUCUUAUUUAAAAGAUUAUUGCAGUUAGAUUUUGGAAAUAUUGUUCUAUAUAAACUAUUGCCAGUACUUCUAUCCCAUAUAAGUGAUUGUAAACAAAUAGAAAGUGGUAAAAAAAUGAUUCAUCAUUAUGCUGUAUUAAAUCGUAAAACUGAAAUAAAAUAUCUAAGAAAAUUGUCAAUGAGUGUGAUACCAUAUGUUUCACGUCAAAAUGAUUUUCAGUGCAAAAUAUUUUCAAUUAUCUCUCGAGAGUUACUUUCUCUCUGGGUAUUAUUACCGCUGUCUGAUGUUUUAUGCAAUCCUCAUAAUCUCACUCUUGUUUGGUUAAAUCUAUCUAAAAUGCCAAUUUCAACAUCAAAUUCUGCAUUGAAUGAUAAACAAGUUGAAUAUUUAUUAAAAUUUAUUGCCAAAGAACCUCGUGACGCUGUUUAUCUUGAGAUGCGUAGCAUAUUUAAAGAUUCAACAAUUUUAAAUGCAUUUAUGAAAUUUUUAAAAAGUAAAAAUUCUGUACAUCUGUUACAAUUUUGUAUUGAUGUUGAUAACUUCAACAAGCGAAUGUUAAAACCAGAUAUUUCUUCAGAAGAGCUUGAUGUAUUGUACCGAGAUGCAUGGGAUAUUUUUUCAGUAUACUUUAGUUCCCAUUCUCCAGAUUGUAUAUGCUUUGAUACUGAACUAGUAAGCCAAUUAAGAAAAGUUUUAUCAAAAGAUGUUGUCAAACUUCAAAAUUCAAAACCUUUAUAUCAAGCAUAUGAACAAACUUAUUUAAUUUUAGAGAGUAGUUAUUGGGUUGAAUUUCAUAAUUCUGAUGAAUAUUUUUCGUGGAUUUGUGGAUCACGAAACAUAACUGAGAUAAAUUUAGCCCAUGAAUCAUCAAUAAAUAACGAAAACAAAAACUCAUCAGCCAAGAUUGGUCGUAAAUUUAAUAGAAUUAGAGAAGCCUUAAAAUCAAGUACAAUAUAUGAUGGUCAAUUAGAUUCAUUAUCUUCUGAAGGUGAUCCAGAAUAUGGAGAAGAUCUUAUUGUUGAUAGUUCCAUUAUCAAUAAUAGUGAAAGAGAUUUAAGUACUUGGAAUGUAUUUGAUGUGACUUCUACUGUAAAACUAGAAUCCGGAUCAAAUGGAGGUCAAUCAUUAGCAUUUAUUAUUUCAGUUGAAACACUCGAAAACAAUGAAAUCAAACAAUGGUGUGUAGAAAGAAGACUUGCUGACUUUUACACCUUAAAAACUAAGUUAACAGAAUUUCAUGGAGUAUUUUUAGAUGCUCAAUUACCGUCUAGAAGAAUUUUACUCUACAAAGCCGAAAGUGAUGAUACUUAUAAACUUUUUCUUAACCAACUCUUACAAAAGCCAGAACUUAAGGGAUCUGACUUGUUGCACAUGUUCCUAACUUCUGAAGAAAACUUUGAAGAUUCAGAAUCAGCUAUUGGCCGUUUAUUAAGAAAAUCUAUGCCUUUAAAUUUACGUAAAGAAAAAGGUCAAAAUUUAGAAUCAUUCAUUUCAAUUUUUAUGAAUUCAAUCGAAACAAAAUUAAAACAAAAACAUGAAUGGAAAGAUUUCAAUGAAGAAGUUUCUAGUAGAAAAGUAAUAACUGCUGAAAAUCCACUAUAUAAAGAUAAUUUUAACAUUAUAACUGAAGAAGAAAUUGAUUUAAAUAUUUCUUCUCAAAAUGUAUUCUAUCAAAAUUAUUGUAUUAAUGGACCACUCAGCUGUAUAAUAUUUGUUGGUGUACAAAUUUACAAUUUUUCUAACACGAUAGUUCAAUUAUUAUUAGCAAUUAAAGUUAUAUGUGGCAAUUUUAUUGACUCUAUCAUUCAAAAGCACAUAUCAUUGUAUUUAGCUAGAUCAAUUACACCGUCAAAAAUAUCAUACUUGAUUGAUAUUAUUGAAAAUUCAUUGUUUCCUGAGGAUGGAGUGAUUCAGAAUAGUGAGAGCAAAGAUAUUACAUUUGAACAUAUAAUACAACAUAAAAGAAAUUCUGCUUUGUUACCAUUCUACUCAUGUAUUUAUAAAUGCAUUCAAAAUAGUGUGAUGAACAAACAACUAUUUUACAGACUUUUAGAUGUUAUUUUCCUGGAAAUAUUUCCAGAACUGCAGAGUGCAAAUUAAUAUGACCAAAUUAUGUUUAAGUUGUUUCAUUUCUGUGAUACUUUUGAGUGAUAAAAAUGAUUUUCUGGAUGUUAAAAAUAAGCCAUAUAUGAUUAUUCCAGAAUAAAAAUCAUCAGAAAAUUUUUAAUUAUAUAUAAGGUUUAACAUAUGAAAUAUUUUGCAAGGAAUUCCUAAAAUAAAAUGAGUGAGAAUAUUUUAAAUAUUAUUAACUUAUUAAUAUCAAUUCAUUUUUUAUGAAACAGAUUUAUGUAUAUUUAAGUUAUUUAUUAUCUAAUUCAUGAAUUACACUAACAAGUAUGUACUUGUUUCUUUUACAUAAUCAAUUAUUUUACUUUUUUGUUCCUUAAAGUAAAUUAAUAUUAGUAUUUUAUCUUUUGCUAAAACAAAAAAUUAAAAAAAAUAUAUUUUUCCAAUAUUUUAUUUAACUAUUUCAUACAUUAAAAAUAGUUCAAGAUCAACUAAUUUCCCCAUUAUUUAUUACUCUUAAAACUAUUGUUUCUAAUUAGUGGUUACUCAACAUCGUCUACAGUUUAAUUUGUAAAACAUUCGAAUUAUAUUCUUAAGAUAUAUAAAUUCCUUUAAAAUAAGUUGUUAUUACAAAAAAAACAAAUAAUAUUCUAUGAAACAUAAUGUAUUUUUUAAAAUCAUUUUUAGUGAAAAACUAAAGUAAAUAGUUGUUUAAUUAUGCACUUUUUAUAACAUUUUAUAACUCAUACUUAUGCAUUAAAAUUAUUUUCAUAUAAUGUAUAAGAAUAAAGGAAUACUAUAAUAUUGUGAUGUAUUUAUUGAGAUAUUUCUGAAUUCAUUAUUUAAAAAUAGAACUUAUGUUAUUGGCAAAUAAAUAAAAUAAUAAUAUUUUAUUUUUAAAUAUUUUUCAAAUUUGGAAUAAAUAUAAUUAAUAUUUGAAAUGUAAGUUAAAACUCAAUAAAAUUUUAAAGUCAAUGUUCAUAGAUAUCACCUUACAAACUAUUAAAUUUAAAUUUUUAUCCUGUUGAUGGAAAAUGGAAUUUCUUUCUAAUUAUGCAAACUAUUCAUUGACAUUUAUGUGUUUGAUUAUUAUUUUAUAAUAUUUACAUUGUUAUUUUUUUCAAUUUUGUAUUAUAAUAAAAACAUUAUUUUAUCAUCAUUUAUUUAAAUAUAAAUUAUUUAUUUUUUAUAUUAUUAAAAUUAAUUAUUUUAUUUAUUUUUUGUCUAUACUAAUGUAAAUUUUACAAUUAAAAACUUCAACUAGUGUUAUAUAACUUGAGUGUAAAUAAAUGGCAUAAAGUAUUCAUUAUUGACAGUUGAUAUAAACAAUUUUUAUUUGCACUGAUUAACUAUUUCAAGGAUUUAUAUGAACUUAAACUUAUUAUGUUAUUUUACUUUUAUUAAGAAUUUAAUACUUAUAAUUGCGAAAUUUUAUAUAUCAAUUCUACUAUGCAUCUAAAAUCCAUGAACCAAUUUAAGACUUUCAUAAAAAUAUUCCCAAGUUAUUAUUUUUUUCCUAAGAAUUUUUAAUGAAUUUUUACUUAGUUUUAAAAAUAUUUUUAAUACCAACCCAUUAGUUGUUUUAUUUUUCACUUUUCUACUACUUUUAAUUAAAUAUUUAAUAUAGUUUUUUAAUAUUUCAAUUUGUUGGGACCAAUUAAUGGUUAAUAGAAUCAAAAUAACUUUAUAACUAAUUAAUACUUGUGUAUUAAUUGUAUCAGUAAAAUAUUUUUUCACUUUGAACACAGUUACUUUUUGUAGCAUUAUUAUUAUUUUUAUUAGAUGGCUAGCCAAUAGUAUACCCCCAAAAAUACCUAGUGCAAUAAAUUGUAAUACAUAAUAUAAAGAAAUGGAAUAUAAAAAAAAUGUAAACAAAACAAUUGAUUCCUUUUUUUAUUGAAUGAUGAAUGUAUAUUUAUAAUUUUUUAUGUGAAUUAUAAUAAUCCCAUUGUAUAUAUAUAUAUAUAUGUUAUAUGAAUUAAGUACUUUAAUUUUAUAUAGAUUAUUUUCGUCAGUAGCCUUAUUAAUAAAUAUUAUUUAAAUAUUUCAAUUUAUAAGUUUUACUAAUAAUUUGAGUUGUUUAUUGCACUAUAUUUAAGCUUUUAAAAUAAAUAUUUGAUUGAAGUUCUUUGACAAUUAAAAAAUUCAUAUAAUAUAAAAUUUCUUUAUCUAAUAUACUUCAAAAUCAACUGAAAAAUUGUACUUUUAUUAAAUAAAUGAUUACUCUAUCUAGGGUGUAGAUUAUAGUAACACAAGUCCAAAAUACUAAAUUUUUGGGGAAAAAAAAUAUAAACGUUUUAUAUUAUUUUUGAAUUUUCCUUUUUUUAACGUGAUCAAAAAAAUGAAAACAAAUGAUAAAAUCUAAAUAUUUUAUUUCACUCGUCAUUUUAAAUGUAUGUAAUUUAUAAAUAAUUUUUAUAGACUAAAGAAUAUAUAUUUUUGUUCAAAGGGACUUUUACCCAAGAACCGUCCAAUUAUAAGAACAAUAAUUUAAUUUUUUGAACUCAUAUUUUAUUGAAAUUUUCAAUGUUCUUAUUUAUUCUUUUAUUAUUGUAUUGUAUUACAUUAUAACUAUUAUCGAAAUGAUUAAUUAUUAUUGUACAGGAGUGGUUUGGUUAGUUUUUUGUCUAG